GGUUUGGUUUGGUUUGGACAAACGUGCAUAUUUGGGGUUGUUAAGUAGACUUCUCCAGAAGUAUUUCUAUCCAUCAUGUGCCCAUUCCUUGUCCCAUUCUAUCUUAUGUAUACGGUAUCUUCUUCUGGGAUUCUUUUAUGCUUUCUUGAGGUCAACAAUAUUAGUGGCUCUACAAUGGUCUUCUACCCCCUAGGAAAUUGGUCCUCCGAAUCAAGUAUACUUGGACCCCUUUACGGUUGAAUAAUCUAGCCUCAUCAAAUUCUUUUCCACUUGGGCAUUGCAAGUUUGCUUUUUAAGAACUUUGCGUCGAUCUAAUGCUUCUCAAGAAUAAUUUAUUGUAGAUAGGAAGAAAAGCUUGGUUUGGCUUGGCUGACUCUGUAUAUAUAAAGGCUUCGCGUGGGCUGUCAAUACGCACGUUUAUUGGCAGCCCAAAGCAAUUCUUCUACAAAGACCUACUACAGGUAAGAAGUUAUGUCAAUUAAGCAGUCAAUUUUUGAACAGAACACGUUUUUGUUUGACUUUCUAUUCUGCGUUUUUCUUUGAACAAACACGUCUUUGUCUUAUGCAAACUAUUCUGGGACUUCUUCUUUAUGUACCAGAUAUUGGCCAUUGCUGUUUCCAAGAUUAUGGGUUCGUUGUCUGGUCUUUUUCAAAGACCCGUUGUUGCAGCCUCUGCGGUUGCAUUAGCUUCUGUUUCUGCUGAUCUUCGUGACAAAUUCUGGCCAUCAAAACCGUCGGACUCAUCUCUUUCAUCAGAACAAUCAAGUGGCUGUACCUCGGAAUUGAUUAGUGAAACAAAAUGGGCACGAAUCUCUGAUAUUAGUGUUGCUAAGCUAUGUAACUUGUCUUCUGUGACAAAAAGUCCAAUACCAGUUUCCAACUUCAGAUAUCCGGCAGUUCAUGUAGGAGACAAUCGUCCUUCUGACAACAUAGCUUCAAAUCUUGCAGCUUUUCCUGCUUUGCUCAACUUGUAUAGGUCAGCAGAGUUGGCAAAAGCUCCCAGACCAAUCAAAUACGCUCCUAAUGUACCUAACUCGAUUUCUAAAGAUGUCGUUUACAGAUGGCAUUUACCACACCCUAAUGCCGUUGAUUUAUCCGAAAAUUCUAAGAUGGUAGUGGUUUUGCUUGGAUGGUUAGGUGCUAAGCAGAAGCAUCUUAAGAAAUAUGCUGAUUGGUAUACCUCCAAAGGGUUUCAUGUGAUUACGUUUACGUUUCCCAUGGCUGAGAUUCUCAGUUAUCAGGUUGGAGGGAAAGCCGAACAGCAUGUGGAUUUGCUUGUCAACCAUCUUGCCGAAUGGUUGGAAGAAGAGUACGGAAAGAAUUUGGUUUUUCACACAUUUAGCAACACAGGAUGGCUAAUAUAUGGAGCUAUCUUGGAGAAGUUUCAGAGACAAGACCAUAAUCUAAUGGGGAAGAUCAAGGGCUGUAUUGUGGAUUCUGCACCCGUUGAUACCCCAGACCCACAGGUCUGGGCUUCGGGUUUCUCAGCUGCUUUUUUGAAGAAGAACAGUAUUGCAGCAAAAGGAUACAGAAAUGCAGACAACAUCGCUGCCAAACCAGCAAUGAGCGAAGUGGCUCUGUUAGUGGUUCUGGAGAAGUUCUUUGACGUGAUCCUAAAUCUACCCACAGUUAACCAGAGGCUCUCAAAUGUGCUACUACAGCUGAAAUCCGGACAACCAAGCUGUCCGCAGCUAUACAUUUAUAGCAGCGCGGACAGAGUCAUCCCUGCAGGAUCGGUGGAGUCUUUCAUCGAGGCACAGCAGAAAACAGGACGUGUGGUCAGGUCAUGCAACUUCAAAUCGACACCACAUGUUGACCAUUUUAGGCAUGAACCCGAGUUGUACACUUCUCAGCUCUCACAGUUUCUCAACGACUGUGUGCUUUCUUCUUGCAAACACAAUUGAAAACCUUGAUUCUUUCUUCUUAUCUUAUACAUGAUAAAUCCGUUCUUAUUUUUUAGGGUUGAAUAUACGCGAGGGAUGAUAAAUUUCAUCUUUUUUACCCUACCCUCGAAUCCAAUUCUUUCUGUAACUUGGUUAUUACUCAAAAGAGAGAAAACUACAAUGUUUUAUACAACAAGUUCGUUACCAACGCUA